GACUUUUCGCACAUUGAGAGGUUGCCACCCGCAGGAGGCGCCGUAUAGAAAGGAAUGUGUUGGUGCGUCUCCAUGGUGACCCGGAGCCACAUGAUUUGCAUAUGUUGAAGAUAAUUGUCAUGGGUGCUUUCCACGCGGCUUUUUGAGGCAUCAUCCAUGGAGAAGAAGCUGAACUCCCACACUCUGUUCAGCUGCUGGACCCCGUUGAGCAACCACAUCAAGAAAAUGCAGUUAUUUGAAGAGAGGAUCAGUUUAGUGCUCCACUGGUUUGAUCUGUGGACUGACCGACAGAGGAAACACAUGCUGCAUUCUCUUCUCACACGAUGCACCAAGCCUCAGCUCAGGUACUGUAGAGAUCUGCUGACUGAAAAACUUCCGUUGACCCAAGUGGAUUUCACAGCGAUGUUACCCCGUUUCCUGUCACUUUACAUCAUGUCCUUCCUGCCCCCUCUGGACCUCUGCUCUGCCGCCCAAGUCAGUUGGCACUGGAGGAUUCUAUCUGAACAGGACUGUCUGUGGGCGAGGCGCUGCAUACGACAAGGUUGGUUUCUUCCCUACACACCCGGAGAAAAAGAGUUUGGCGCUUGGAAGAACCACUUCAUCUCUUGUCUCAACACACUGGACUGGCUGACUCCUCGUGAGGCAGCACACCAGUACCGGACAUUUAACCAACCAUGUGAAGAGGUAGAAGAAGAAGAGGAGAGACUAAAAGAGAGCAGAAUCAGGCAGAUGAUCAGAGCAAAUAUUCAAGAGGAGAAGAGAAUAGCAAUGAGAACCAGGAAAGGCUGGAGCAGCAGCACAAAGUUGGGGGAAUCUAGAAGUCGUAGCAUCCAGAGCCAAACAACCAUCCUUGGGACAAUAUUCAGGACCUCUGGACCUCCUGGCUUGAGUCUGACCACAAGCAGUGGCCUGAGCUUGGAGAAAAACAUGAGCAGACCUGCACCACUACAGUCCUCCAGCAUCUACAGACAUCCUGCAACCUACUUGCUGUUGGUCUCAAAUAGAAUUCCUGCUUACGAGCUGGUGCUGAGCGGCGUCAAGGCAGAUGUAAUUGUGGUCCUCUACGACCACCGAGGGACCCUGUCGGCACUGUUGUGCCAGGUGGAGGAGGCUGUUUCUGGGCGCACCUUUCAAAGGCUCGGCCUGUUAGCCCCAGGAGGAACAGAGGAAAUCCACCUAUUUCACAACAGCUGUUUAUCAGACAGAACCCUUCUCACUCCAGCCCACCGAGAUUUCUGGGAAAAACUGUCCAUGCUAGUGGCCCCUGCUGAGCAAAGCGGUGGGAUUGACAUUUUCUCGCCAUGUGCGGCAUCAACCUCAGGCAUGGCAUUCAUGCAGAAGCUUGCCGCUGUUACAGGUCUGAAGGUUUGGGCACCAAUGGGUCUCGCCACUGGAAGUUUUCAAAAUAGUGUUUGUUACCCAUCCUCAGUCUUUGGUGAUUGGUCUGAUGGUAGUAUCAGUGCCAUCGGGCUCUCUGACCCACACCCGGGAGGGCCAGCGCUCCAUUACAUCAGUGAGCCAGUCCUGCAGGGCUGGUGCAGACAGGUACAGUGGAUGGAGGAAGCACUCGGGGAGAUGAAAAGCUGUCUGGAGUUCCGGCUUCAGCAGGUUGGCCUUCAAGCCUGGGGCAGAGCUCUGGGUCAUUCAUUGUGGGAGAGAGUCCGUCUUGAGGAUCUGUGUUUGUCAGAAGACCUUAGCAUGGCGCUCACAGAAGGACUCACUGUUCUCACCAAACAGGAAGAGAUGAGACCGUUUGAGUUUCUCGCUGCCUUCCUGACAAAAUGGAGUGACGAGGAGGAGGCCAGAGAGGAAAAACAAGUGUCUCAUGGCUCUCUGGUGUCGGGGGAUCCUCAGACGCAUUUUGACUGGAGAGGAGUCAUUGUCAGAGAGCUGCAACUCAGCGAAUUUCUGUACAUCAGCAGACUGAGUGCUCUUGUGAAGGCAUACCAGGAGCCUCUCACAGCAGCCCUCAAUUCCAACAGAGCCAUUCUCAGCUUUGCUGACAUGCAUGUUGUGCUGAGCCCCAUUGCACAAAUUCUGGACCUCAACAGGGGGUUCAAGGUAGAUUUAGAUGCCAGACUGCAGCAUUGGGGUGCAGAGCAGUGUGUUGGCGAUGUGUGCGUGAAACUGUGCACACACUUCAGAGUGUACACGAACUAUCUCAACAAUUACACAACUGCUCUAAGUACCAUUGACAAGUGCAGGGAUGCAAAGCCAGCAUUUCGAGCUUUCUUGAAGAGAACUGACAGAACUCUUGCAACACACAUGCUGAGUUUACAGGAGCUGCUGCUGUGUCCAGUGUGGAGAAUCCAGGAGUACACAACUCUGCUGCAAGCUCUGACUUUGCAUACACAUGACAGUCACCCUGAUCAUGCACACCUCUCCUCUGCCCUUAACACCAUGCAGCGAUACACAAAGUUCAUCCAAAAUCUGAAGCGCAACUGUGAAAGAGACCGGCUGUUGGAGGAAACCCAGCAGAUGAUCCAAGACUGUCCGAGGCUCAGAGAGGGAAACCGUCAGUUGAUAACCAGUCAGGAAGCUGCUUUGAUAUACAGCCCCAAUGACCACAUACCAGAGUCUCUCAGGACCUACGAGCAUGUGGCAGAUGUCAGCCUCUUCCUGUUCUCUGAUAUUUUGGUGUUGACGCGGAGGAAAAAGCAGCACACACCUUUCACAGUAGUGCACAGGAGCACACACACGUUCCUCGCUUCUGUGACGCUCGCCAGUCUGACUGUGCGGAGGAUCACGCAUUCACAUUAUGUGAAGCACGCCUUCAUCCUGGAGGGGCCUUCACGCUCUUGGGUUUGUGCCACAGAGCGAGGCGAUCAGAUGAAGCACUUCCUGUGCCUGCUGAGCAAUGCCAUGCAAACAACGCUGACAUCCACGUGAUCAGCAACAGGAUGACAAUGUGAGGACAGGAGGAGAUUUGAACAAGUUGGACUUGAAGUGUCAGGGAAUCUCAAGUAAAAACAUUUAAGGAUGCAGCAUGAAUACUUUUUCAAGUAUAACAUAGCACAUACGGAAGGUUUCAGUGUGCUUCACUUUUUCCACAUUUUGUUAUGUUACAGCGUUAUUCUAAAAUUGUACACACGUAUUUUUUUCCUCAAAAUUCUAAACACACUCCAUAAUAACAAUAUGAAUAAAUAGUUUUACCUUUUAGCAAAUUUAUUGGGCAUAACAAAGAAAUCCCCUUGUACAUAUGUAUUCAUAGCCUUUGCUGAAUGUAUUCCAUUUUAGAAUGAGGCUAGAGCAUAAGAAAAGUGAAGCACUCUGAUUCUGAAUACUUACUGGAUGGACUGUAUUUUACUAUUAACCAAUGCUGCUGCAGAAUUUAUGGUGAAGAUGAAUUUGAAACGUGUGUGUGAUACAGUAUAAAAGGUCUUUAUUGAACCAGGAGGGAAAAACAACUAUUUAGACUUUAAAAGUGUGAUGCAGCUGCAUUUUGUCACCUGUUUUACACAUUUACAUUUUUUUAUUGCCACUUAUCAUUAAAAAAAAAAAAAGUUUGACU